AUGGUUAGCGUAGACAACGUAGACAACGGCGUCGAGUCUGGGGACAUCGUCUUCUUUACCGAAUGCGAGAACGUCGCGGAGCACAACGUUGACGUCAACCGCGAGCGCGACGGCGACGUCGCCAUGGACGACAACGCUGAGCCUGAGCAUCCGGAUGUUGUGGAAGUCAAGGCUCUGCAUCGCGAUGCUGAAGAGAAGCUUGCCACCAAGACGUACAAGGUUAACAAAGGCAUCGUCCUCCUGCCCUCUCUCUACAGCAUCUACUUCCAUCCCGACGAGGCAGUCGUUCCUCAAGCUCCUCCGUUCCUCCAACUCACCACCUUCUUCCUCUUGUACAACGACAUCGCCAAGGCCAACUUCCUCGCCGACAAGAGCUUGCCUCUCAUCGUCAAUCAGGCGAUCUUCUUCUAUGGUCUAGACAAGGGCCAUUCGUUCUCGCGGUUCUAUGACCAGAUCCGGUUCAACAUCCUCCUGAUGGCAUUCGCGUGGGCGUCAGGAUUCGAUCCGAAGUACUGCAAAGAGGGGUGCGAGGAGUUUGUCAAGGUCUUUCUGCGUGUAAGUCAUCUUCCCGAUAGCACUACCUGUCCAUCUUCAGUGUCUUUUCAAACUUCCCACAGAGGUUUAAAAUAUACUGAAACCCUCCUGGCCUCCUCAUGCCCUAUGCACACAGCUAAUAAAACAUAG